UGAUUUGUGAGAAAAAAAAUAAAACUUUUUUCGAAAUGGCAAACAAAUUGAAAAUGUUUGUUACCAAUAUGUGGGAGAAGGCAUCUCAGGAGAGAGGCCAUCCACAUCAUCAUAGUCUCUUAUACAGUUCUCCAACAAUUUCACCGUCAACAACAAUUACAAAUUUUUCGUCGAUACAAUCGAUACAAUCAAUACAAUCAACACGAUCGGUUCAAUCACGGAUACAUCAACAAUACUUCUCAAAGAUGGGCACAAAAGAACAAAAUAUGAUUAUUGGUGCUGGAGAAAUUGCACCAUUAAACAAUGGAACGGUUUGUGGAUCAGAUGAAAAGAAAUUUAUUGCACCAUCGAUUAACAGUGAAUAUUCACCUUAUUCACCAACCACGGUUGAACUACCAACGGCACCUCCAUGUGAACAAGACUCAAACAGUAGUUCCACAUCUCAACUGAAAAUCAAUUACCCAAAACAGGUUUUGGCUGCGUUAUCUGUGUCGAUUGGAUCGUUAACUGUGGGUUUUGUAUCCGCUUACACCUCAACAGCUUUAACAUCAAUUCGUGAAGAUGAAACUGCUCCGUUCACCGUUAAUGAAGAACAGGAAUCAUGGAUUGGAAGCUUAAUGCCUUUAUCUGCCUUAGUUGGAGGGAUUGUUGGUGGUCCCUUAAUUGAAUAUAUUGGACGUAAACGUACGAUUUUAAUGUCAGCCAUACCUUUCAUCAUCUCAUGGUUAAUGAUCGCUUUCGCAGUGAACGUUGAAAUGAUUUACGCCGCCCGUAUAUUAUCUGGUUUUAACGUUGGUAUUGCUUCGUUAGCCUUCCCUGUGUAUUUGGGUGAAACGCUUCAACCAGAAGUACGAGGCAUGUUGGGUCUGCUACCAACCGCACUGGGUAAUAUUGGUAUCCUGCUAUGUUUUGUGGCUGGAAGUUUACUAAAAUGGUCUCAUUUGGCAUUAUUCGCGUCAUUCUUACCAGUACCUUUUUUGAUACUUAUGUGCGUAAUCCCAGAAACACCUCGCUGGUACUUCACUAAAGGACGUAAAGAUGAAGCUGAAACUGCUUUGACCUGGUUACGUGGUAAAAAUGUGGAUGUUAGCGAAGAAUUAGCCGAAAUUGAAAAAUCACAAAUUGAAGCAGAAAAGAAUCAAACAUCAAAUGGUAUCAGUGAGUUGUUCCAACAUCAAUAUUUGAAACCCCUCAUGAUUUCCCUCGGUCUCAUGUUCUUCCAACAAAUGAGUGGAAUCAACGCUGUCAUCUUUUACACAGUGCAAAUCUUUGAAGAUGCCGGAAGUACUAUUGACUCAAACUUAUGUACCAUUAUUGUGGGUCUCGUAAACUUUGGCUCUGUUUUUGUAGCAACAAUGUUAAUUGACCGACUUGGCCGUAAAAUCUUAUUAUACAUUUCCAGUAUUUCUAUGUGCAUCACAUUAGUGACCUUAUGCAUUUUCUUCUACUUGAAGGAAAUCAAAUACGACCUUACCGCUUACGGUUGGAUCCCAUUGGCUAGUUUUGUUGUUUACAUUAUUGCAUUUUCACUCGGUUUUGGACCAAUUCCAUGGCUUAUGUUAGGCGAAAUUUUACCCGCUAAUGUACGAGGACCAGCUGCCUCAAUUGCAACAGCAUUUAAUUGGUCAUGCGCAUUUAUUGUAACGAAAGCAUUUAAAGAUUUAACGGCUUUGAUCGGAAUUUAUAGCACAUUUGCUAUUUUUGCUAAAGUUUGUUUUAUUGCAUUCUUUUUCACGUUAUUCUGUGUGCCAGAAACUCAAGGUCGAACUUUAGAAGAUAUUGAGAAAGCUUUAACUGGACAUAAAGUUCGACGUAUGAGUUCUGUUAUCAAUAUUAAACCUAUGCCGACAGCAUGCUAAUAUUUCUAUAUCUCAUUCGUCGCUAAUAUUUCGCCGCGGUACUCCAGUUUUAAGGCCUUCGUUAGCGACGAGUUCAAAGAAAUAAAUUAUCAUGUUAAGGAAAUUAAUUAAUAAUUAAUUUAUGAAAUUGAUUAAAGGUGGUUUCACAUCACAUAGUGACUCAUCUAAUCUUGUAUGUUAAUUUAAUUACUGGUGUGAAAUGACCUUAGAAUAUUUUUUUCAAUUAAAUAAAUUAGGAAAUAUUCGCAUUCAAAAAAAAAAAAAAAAUUGUGCAAAAAACAGUGAUAUUAGAUGAUUAUGAUUAAGAAGAGAGGAGUGGGAAUGGGUGCGGAAGAAUGAAUGUGGACACGAUAAUAGAAUAAUUGUUUUUAAUUGUGUGCGGUGAUUAGAUGUGGGUGGGAAAUCUGUAUAAAAAACGUACAUUCCAUUUUAAUUUAAAAAGACAAAAAAAUUUUAUUUUUGCUGUUUUUUGUAGAAGUUUUUUUUCAAUUUUUUUUGUUUUUUUACUUUUUUUUGUUGUUGCCAAAGAUUAUCUUAAAUGAUUAGGUAAUUAUUUAUUUUUGAAUGGCGAAAGUUGCGGGGACUUGGUCAAAUCCAAAGGAAUGCAUCCAUUCCACAACCUAAACUAUCGAAGAUUCUCUCGAAAUUUAACUGAUAUAGUUAAAUGUUUCAAUAUUCUGUAUAUACUGAGUUUUACGGCAAAACAAGCUUCUUCGUUUAGUUUAGGUAAUCUUGGAUAAAAUUGACCAUGAAUUAAACCAAAAUUGUAUAUAUAGUUUUCAAAAUAAAAUUUUCAAUUGUGCCAACAGCCAUUUUUUUUAUUUUUUUUU